AUGCCCAAGCUUCCCGUGUCACUGAUUGUCAUUGGACUUCUUUCUUUUACGUCUGCAACGCCAAUCCGUCACGACCAAGGAUCAUGUUCAGAAACACUCAUUCGCAAAGAAUGGCGAAACCUCACCUCGACACAGAAACAAGAUUAUAUCGGUGCCAUCAAAUGCCUACAAGGGAAGCCCAAAGAGGUUACACCGGACUGGCUUGCACCAGCAGCUGUAACCCGCUACGAUGACUUUACGACUGCCCAUAUUCUUCAAACAAAUACAUCACAUAAAGUCGGACAUCUCCUACCCUGGCAUCGAUACUACCUGAGCGUAUACGAGAAAGCUCUGAGAGAAGAAUGCAACUAUGCUGGCGCUGUUCCAUUCUGGGACUGGACAUUAGACGUAGCAAGCGACGACGACUUCCUCCAAAGUCCCGUCUUCGACCCAAUCGACGGCUUCGGCGGCAACGGAGUCUUCGUCCCAUCCUCCAACAAAUCCAAAGAAACAUUCGAAAUUCCAGGCCGCACAGGAGGAGGCUGCAUCCAAGACGGGCCCUUCAAAGACACGAUCGUAACUCUCGGACCCACCAGCGAUCUCUCCGGAAACCCGCGCUGCCUCAACCGAGACCUGAGUCCUUACUGGGCGAGACGAUAUAUAGGCAUGAAUCGAACGAAAAUCACACUUGAGAAGUGCACGUUCGGCGACUUCACUUAUGAUGCGGAGCUUGGACCUCCUCAGAUCCAUUCGGGGAUUCAUGGAGGAGGACAUUCGGGUGUAGGAGGUGUUAUGAGGGAUCCGUAUGUGAGUCCUGCAGACCCUUUAUUCUAUCUCCAUCAUGCGAAUCUGGAUCGUGUUUGGUGGUCGUGGCAGAAACGAGAUUUGGAGAACAGGUUGUUAGAUAUUUCGGGGCCGGUGUAUAGGGAUGAUUGGAAUAAUACUCAGGGUGGGAAUAUCACGCUGGAGUUUCAGAUGACGAUGGGAUAUGUGGCUGGUCCGGUGACGAUUAGGGAUGUGAUGGAUGUGAGAGGAGGGAAGUUGUGUUAUGAUUAUGAUACGAUUUAUGAUUAG